AUGAAGCAUGUUUACGGAGCAGAGACCCCGGCGAGGGGCAUUCUGAAAGCUAUGUACACGUCCAUUCUCCUUGUAUCUCUGGGUUUGGUACCGGCGGUUUUCAUCGACGGAGUGCGUGCCUUCGGCUGCAUUGAGUCCUGUAGGCAUGUGUGGGUUCUGUCAUUUCCUGAAUCCCGAGUGUAG